UGUCAUGAUAACCUUGUCCUCGCUGCCUGUGUGCUUGUAAGUAGGACAACACAGCUGUGGACGUCUCCCUGCUGGUACAUACUACAGGUUCGGGGGUUGCUAAUAAGUUAAGGCAUCCAGUAUGCCUUUGAUACAAAUUAAAGACAGUGCGGGGCAUGGCAUGAUGAUGCGAGAGGUCGGGGAGCACCGGAUACCUCCUGAUUUCCCCGAAGAAGUGAUCCAAGAAGUGCCGAAGCUGGCAAUGAGAGAAGAUGACAUUGUGAUUGCGAACUGGAUGAGAUCAGGUACACAUUGGAUGUUUGAAAUGAUCAGCAUGCUUAUCAACAAUAAUACGGAGACAAUUCCUAAGAAGAAAGAAGACCACAUGCUGGAAUACCAACCAAUCAGCAUGUUGGAUGCUUUACCAUCCCCACGAGUAUUAAACACUCACCUACGCUUCCGGUACCUGCCGGAAGACAUGAAAACGAAGAGGUGCAAAGUGGUGUAUUUGUUGAGAGACCCACGAGAUGUACAUGUGUCUUUCUACAAAUUGCAAACGAGUCGGCCUGUUGUUGGAUAUGAUGGAACUUGGAAAGACUGGUCUGCCCUCUGUCUUAAAGGGGAACUGAUAUGGGGUAGUUGGUUUGAACACGUUCGUGAUUGGGAGAGAGUGUUUGAAGAAUAUCCUAACCUGGAUGUGCAUUUUUGGCAUUAUGAAGACAUGAAGAAAAAUCCUCUGGAGGAGUUACGUAAGGUUUCCAGGUUUCUCGGCACCAACACAACAGAAGAGCUGCUUCAGGCAAUCACAGACAAAUGUCAGUUGGAGAGAAUGAGAAGCGACAAAUUGCCUUAUGAAUGGUUGGAAAAAGGCGAAUGUAAACACUAUGAGAAAGGUGUAGCUGGGUCUUGGAAAGCGUUUUUCACAGUUGAACAAUAUGAACAAUUUGAAAAGUUCUACAGACAGAAGAUGGCCGGGUCUAAGUUCGAGUCAAGAUACAGAGGUUCCGUCGACGUGCUGUAAAGUGCAACUGAUGUGCUACAAUAUAAGAGUACCUAUGUGUAUGUCAUAGUCUCCGGUGGCUAUAACAUCACGUUGAAUGUAACCGAACUGUAUGCUGACGAAAUGAAGUGGAAUUGUUACAACGACUCUGUAGUUCCCGUUGAUCUGCUGUAAGGUGCAAUUGAUAUGCUACAUUGUCUUGGAUAGAUAGACAUCAUCUAUAUAUCACCUUGAAAGUGACCAAAAUUAAUAAUAGUAUGUCAUGCUGAUACUAUGAAUUAUUAUUGUUUAAUCGUUUGCAUAACUGUUUUCCACAAACAGAGUGACAAUGACUCUUUAGUUCCUAUUGUUGUCUAAGAUUCACAUUGUUAACACCAUGAUACCAUCCUAAUUCAACAGCAAGCAUGUUUACUUUUGCAAUACAUUUCUGUUUAUAAAACUUGUCAGCUUGAAUAAUACAAGCUUGAACAUUCUGGGUUAGGUUUGGUCGUUGAUUGCUUAUCGUUAGAUUCCACGUUAUGGUUUGGGUGUUCAGGCUUGAUGACUAUAGCUCUCGUCCGCCUUAUAGAGAUCUCAUCAAGCAAUAAACACUUUAAUUAGUAUCCAUUUUAAUUAGUAUUAAAUACAUUUAAUCCUAAUCCUUCAUGUACAUCUGACUUCAUUACCUGUGUGUUAUUUGUUACUCUUACUGUACAUCUGGCUUCAUCCAAUUACCUGUGUGCUACUUGUUAUCUAUUACCUGUUGUUAAAGGUAAUCAGCUGCUUAUCACAACAUGCCAUGCAUAUAUACCUCUCAUCACUUGGUUGUAGUUACCCAAGCGUGAUAACUGUGUAACAAUCUGCAAUGCAACGUCGCUAUAUGCAAUAAACCAGAAGUUUUUA